AUGGCCGCCGCGCGCCCGGACCUGAUUCCGAGCUCACCGACCCGGGAGUCGCCAUCCCCGGAGCCGUCGGACCUGGUCCUGGUGCCUGAUGGUGGCUACUCUGCCACUCCCCCAAGUGACCUCAUCGAGAUCCAGGUGGUAAAAGUUACAGAUACUACAUCGGUACCUGAGCCCCCAGAGCCGGGAUCUUUCCACUGUGCCCUGUGUCCCGCGGCCUUCCACCUGGUCUCAGAGCUGCUGUUUCACGAACAUGGCCACCUGGCAGCCGUGGAGGGGCUUGGGCAGGGAGGGGACCCAAGCCGUUGUCACGUGUGUGGCCACAGCUGUCCGGGUCCUGCUAGCUUGCGUGCCCACUACAGCUUGCACACGGGAGAGCGGCCUUACCGCUGCCCACUGUGCCCACGGGCGUUUAAGGCCUUGGCACCCCUGCUCCGGCACCAGCACCGACACGGGGUGGAGCCGGGCAACUCUCAGAGGCUUCCACCCACAGCAUCAACUGGACAGCCAAACCCAAGGGUGGCCCAGGAGAGGUCGGAGGUGGUGACGGCCGCGGCAGCUGCGGGGGCCGCGGUAGGCAAGCCUUUCGCCUGCAGGUUCUGUACCAAGCCCUUCCGGCGCUCCUCGGACAUGCGAGACCACGAGCGUGUGCACACGGGGGAGCGGCCCUACCACUGCGGCAUCUGCGGCAAGGGCUUCACACAGUCGUCUGUGCUGAGCGGUCACGCCCGUAUCCACACUGGCGAGCGCCCCUUCCGCUGCACGCUCUGCGACCGCACUUUCAAUAACUCCUCGAACUUUCGCAAACACCAGCGCACCCACUUCCACGGGCCAGGGCCUGGGGUGGGAGAGUCUGGAGGCCAACUGAGACCAACUUCGGUGGCCCAGGAAUCGGGGCGCAAGCGUGGGACAGAGAACACUCUCAAAGAAGGGCUUGGAGAGACUGUGAAGGUGAAUGUGGAGGUUGACCAGUAGGCUGGGGAGUAGGAAGCAUGCCAUAGGGGAUGGACUAAUAGAGGCAAAAGCCAAGGAGAAAUAAUGAGCAGCUGGGAUUGGAGAGCUGAGAAGCCAGCAGGUUCUGGUCUCCAAGAAGCCCGCACUACACUUGAGACUCAGGAAAGAGGUACCUGCAAUUCUAUAGAUGUCCAGCUACAUGUGAAAAUACAGAGACAGCUGAGCAUGGCCCAUUCCUGUAAGACCAGUAUUCUGGAUGCUGAGGCAGGAGGAUUGUGAGGUCCAGACCAACCCAGGCUGCAAAGCAAGACUUUAUCCACCACCACCUCUGGACUACCUCUGGACCAUGUAGGGGCUGCCCUAAGGUGAACUAAUAUGAA